GCGGGUGGAAGGAGAUAUUUUUUCGAUUGCGAACUGGAACCGUCAGAAGUGAGCAAGCAGGAGAGAGCAGCGGAAGAAAAAAUAAUAGUGAUUAGCAUUUCCUCGAUGGUGGUGUCGGAAAACAUUCUUGGGUGCCGUCAUCUUUGUUAUUCGAUUGUGCUGUUGCUGCUGCAAUUGCCAAUAUUUUCAUCAGAAAACGAAAAGUGUGCUUGCACGAGCCAUCCUAAUCCCCGCUGUCGUCGCAAUAGAUUCCGUCGUAGUGAAAAAUUUUGCGUCUCGCGAACCAACAUUUUUUUUCGUGUGAGGAAAUUCGCUUUUCCCUGUACACGAAAGACACGGAAAGGGGAUGAAUAAGGUUUAUUGAUUUGCCCUGUCGUCGAUUCUUACGUAUACCUACUUUAAGAGGAAAAAAAACAGUCCGACAAAAUCUGGAACAAAAAUGUCACCACGGAUGGUUUUCCAGAAGAAUUAAUUUGCUCUUCGCGGAAUAUUGCGAAUCAAGUCGAAAUAGUGAAAAAAAAACAAGUGGAAGUUGGUAGGGCUUGCAUUUUUUAUUUGUUUGAUGUUUGUUUUGAGCAACAGCAAAAGUUUUGCAGUUGGACAAGUAGAAUAAAAUAACUCGCAUUACAAUUGAUAAAGUUUUACACUUCGAAAUUCUGCAGUAGUAGGAAUGACGAGGGAAAAAUUAGUGCUCCAUAUAAAGUGCAAAAAAUAGUGCUGUAAAUUUUGUAGAGCCCUAAAACCAAUCCAGCAAAUUGCCAAGUGUGAAAAAUAGAUAUUAAGAAAAAAAAAGUGAAAUAAUUCCUGAGUAAGUGCGUGUGUCCUAUCAUGGAAGUGGUUGGGCAAUUCGAAUACAACAGCAAAGAUCUGAUAGGCCAUGGAGCGUUUGCUGUCGUCUUUAAAGGUCGCCAUCGGGAGAAACACUUCCCGGUUGCGAUUAAAAGUAUCACCAAGAAAAGUCUCGCCAAGUCGCAGAGUCUGCUAGGAAAAGAGAUCAAAAUCCUGCGGGAGCUCAGUGCGCUACAUCACGAGAAUGUCGUCACACUGUUGGACUGCACCGAAAAGGGUCACAACGUGUACCUGGUGAUGGAGUACUGCAGUGGUGGAGAUUUAGCGGAUUAUCUGGCCGUCAAGGGUACACUCAGCGAGGAUACGAUACGACUGUUUUUAUGUCAAUUAGCAAGCGCUAUGAAGGCACUGUAUGCAGUCGGAGUUGUCCAUAGGGAUCUAAAACCGCAAAACAUUCUGCUGUCUCACAACUGCGGUAAAAAUCUUCCAGCCCCAUCGAAAAUUACUCUGAAAAUAGCCGACUUCGGAUUUGCCCGGUUUCUCCAAGACGGAAAUAUGGCGGCAACUCUUUGCGGAUCUCCAAUGUAUAUGGCACCAGAAGUAAUAAUGUCACUGCAGUACGAUGCGAAGGCUGACCUGUGGUCACUAGGGACCAUCGUUUUCCAGUGUCUAACCGGCAAGGCACCAUUCCAAGCUCAGACACCCCAGGAACUAAAAAUGUACUAUGAGAAAAAUGCAAAUCUGGCUCCGAAAAUUCCAUCGGGAACUUCAAAAGAACUGACGGAUCUUCUGAUGGGACUAUUGCGGAGAAAUGCAAAGGAACGGAUGAACUUUGAUACUUUCUUCUGUCAUGCAUUUUUGCAGCGACAGAUGACACCACAGAGUAGUGAAAUGCCACAAGCAUCAGUAAGUCCACAUACAGCGUCUGGUAAAGCUAUCUGUCCACAACAAAAGACGCUUUUAUCUCCACUGCAACAGCAGCAAUUUCUUAUGCGGCAACAGAACCAGCUGCAAAUACAGCAAGCCCAACAACAACAACUUCAGUUACAGUUACAACAACAACAACUAGAACAGCAAAAGCAACAGACCUUGGAGAACAAUAACGUGCCAGUAGAAAUUGAUGAUAGUGUUACUACGCUCGCUAGUGCUAAUAAUACACCCAACAGCAGUCAGGACAACUCAGAUGAUUUUGUAUUAGUACCAAACAAUAUACCAAUGGAUACGUGCGCUGGGAACUAUGACAAGAGCAAACCUACUAGAGUGCCUCAGACAGCUUCGAACACUCAGGCGAGUCCACCAAGACCUAGCUCUUUGCCGAUCUCGGAAGCGAAGCCCGUACCAACGGCAGCUAGAAAGAUUUCCCGACCACAGAAUCAAACUCCACCAAAAAGCAUCCCCAAUGCAAUACCGCGAUCUCAGCCGAUCAGUAUGAAACGAUCUGAGCAUCGAAACAGUAAUUGUGAUAUCAGUUCAAUAUCGCCGCCAGCAGUGCAAUUCGCAAUCGGUACACCUCCCACUGGGGGCCGACGGAGGUCCACCUCGGGUGGUUCUCUUUCGGAAACACCUCCACCUCCCUCUUGCUGGACGGUAAGUCCUGCCUCGCACCAUUCUCCAUUGCGCCGUUCCGGUACCAGCUCACCAGUAUUAUCGAAUGCCCUAUCGAAGCUUCCGGCGCUGGGUAGUCCCACGCUGAUGAACACAAAUGACAACAAUAACAUCCAUCCAUUGGGGUCAAGGGCUUUCACGUUGCCCGAGAUGGGUACCACCGGUGGGUUACAAAGCUACUUACAUGAUAACAAUCUGGACGACCACCCGAUCAACUUCCACGCUCCGGAACUGCCUGCUGAAACGUUGCUAGAUCGUGAACACAACGAAACUCUAGCCAAGCUCAAUUUUGUUAUAGCCCUCACGGAUUGCAUUCUAGAGGUAGCGGAUUCGCGGUGUGCUCCCUUAUCGGCCCUGAUGUCAGCUGAUGCUCAACCGAUUGCACCACACGCGCCAGAGCAUUGUAAACGAGCGGAACGAUUGGUUCUGCUGGUCCGUGCCCUGAAUCUACUAUCAUCGGGUAUGCAUCUGGCGUCGUCACAGUUGCAGAAUGGGCACCUGAAACCAUCGAAUACCGUCAAAAGUGUGCUUUCGAUGAUGCAUUCGCGAUACCGAUCGACCUUGUGCGAAUCGAAGAAACUAAAUGGUACGGGACUACUGCAGAGGGCCGGGGCUAGCAAUAUUACCGCGGAUAAAAUACUGUACGAUCACGCUAUACAAAUGUGUCAAUCGGCUGCUCUAGACGAACUGUUCGGCAACCCGGAGGAUUGCUUCACCCGUUACCAAUCAGCACAGAUUCUUCUCCAUUCAUUGGCCCAAAAGUGCAGUCAUCCACAGGACAAAAUGUUGUUAUCAAAAUAUAAAGAUGCAGUAGAGAAGCGGCUUUAUAUUCUACAGCAGCAGGGCCUAAUCUAUACAACUGACGAUUUGUCAUGAACCAGCGCUUUGCAGACGCUCAGAAGACGUCUGGCAAAGAUCUUCUGACUGACUGGUCCUGUGACAGCUUUAGAUAAGUUGAACAGUGCACAGGAUCCACUCGAACAGAUAAUUCGCGAAACAAAUGGAUCGAGCAAUGAAAGCGAAUGAGUGUGAUUAUUUGACUGCUUAGGUGUUUAGUUGCAUAUUCCGUGAGAUUUAUUCCAUGAAAUUAUUUAUUCAAUUUUCUGUUACACAUGAUGCAUCGUUGGUGAGGUUGAAAGCGAUCGCGAAUAGGUAAAAAACCGGUGUAAAUAACCAGAUGAACGUAAUCAUGGUAAAAGCUUUGCCUAAGAGAUCAUUGAACGCUUCCUAAAGUAGAAUUACAACUCUUCUGAAGCUUGCUCGCAAAAUAUAUACCUUUAGUGUACAUAUAUGACAAAUUGUCACCAUCAAUUGUAAAUACACAGUGAUCAGUUUCUAAUGCUGGAAAGUAGUAUUCAUACACAGAGCUUUUGUACAAUUCGCAGCUUAAGAUGUUUGUGCUUGAAUUAAUCAAAAUUGUUAAAACUAGAAGAAAAUUGUUAGCAGAUCAUCAUUCAGAACCGUAAUAAAACACUUAAUUAGUGAUAGAAAAGGCGUGUUCUAUCACAAUACAAUAAAGUAGAACAUAUUUAUAAGUACAGCAGAUACUAUUUUUGAACAAUCCUUAAUUUACUCAAAAACAUUAUGUCAAUAAAAUAUAGAAAGAUGCUUCCGUAAUCAACCAACGGUGUUGUCAUGCUGAUUGUGUUUUCCUGUAAUAUUCAUACUCAACCGUUAAAUGAACACCAGCAUGAACCCUACCAUCUCGGAAAAAUGCUAAUCUGCAAGUUACAACCGCUGCGCGUGAUACCUUUUAUGUAGCAGUAGCGGUAAUCCGUUCAACUAUAGACUACCAUUCGAAUGAAUUAUUGUUUUUUUUUAUUUUUUACUCCACCAUCAACCAUCUGAAUAAACUAAUUUCCAAAUAGAUGCGUAGUCUGUGGUAAUUCCAUCUCGAAUGUUUGCCAGUAUCGAAACAAUGAUAGAGAUUGUGGAAAAUAAGCACAUGGCAUCUGCAAAUUUGAACAAACCGUCUGACCUCCAUUUCUUUUUUUACCGGUACCACGAGGCAGAGUAACCUUGAUGAUAAAAGCGUAGUACCUAAGUACAAAACAACUAAGCAUACAUCUCUAGACAGUAAAAUGAAAACUUUUAGAACUAUGAACUAAAUGUUUAUUCUCUACAUGGAGAGCCUAUAUACUCUCUAUUUAGGGAAAAAUGAGACACAAAAAUUACUAAAUUGAAUAUACACGUUAAGCAAAGGUAUUUAUGAACUAAUAGAGGAUUUCACAAAACUAAGUUUCAUUUAAAUAAACUGAUCAUUACUGUAGAGUGAGCAGUGCAAUUUUAUCCGAAAGUGGAAUGCGAGGAUACAUAAUACGACGUCAACAUUUCAAAAGGGCCUAAAACAAUUGUAAGUUUCUCUUUGUUUACUUUCUCUUCCCACUAUAUCUGCGUUAUUAUACAUACAUGAAAAUUUUGUAAGUACACGUGGAAUUAAGAAGAUUAACAAAAGAGAAAGUAAACAAAGAGAAACUCUCAUUGGUUUGUGUGACCUUAAGAAAGGUUGACAUCGAAUUGUCCGGAAAUGAAAUUUAACUGUCAUGUCAAAUAAUAGCGAUCCUCAUCCGCAGAACUUUUAUUAAAAAAAUAAUAAGGCGAAUAAUUAAAAUCAUGACUACACAAAACAAAAAAAUGUAAAGUUGAAAAAAUAAUAUAACACAUGAAUCAUAUUAUUAUUGGAGGGAAAAACUGCAUAUGUUAGAGAAACACUAUAAAAACAACCAAAAUCUUCGUAAAACAAUAAUAAAAAAAAAUAACAUAAUAA